AUGGCUCAACCACCCGUUCAAACGAUCCAUCGGGAUCCCCAGCUCUUCUACUGGAUCCUUGUACCAAUCACCAUCGUCAUGAUUCUUACUGGUAUUCUCCGUCACUAUGCCGCCACUCUGCUUGCCAACGCACCCAAAGUCAUCGACAAGCCGACAAUGAAGGAACAGCGCGCCAUGAUCCACGGCCAGUCCGUCCGCAACCACCACCACGUCCUGUCGAAGAAGUCAUUUGAGGCGCGCCGCGAGCAGCUCAUCUCUUCAUACGAAUCAGGCGCUUACCUCAAGAACCCCGACAGCAAGGGCCAGCCCCCUGCCAACCCUCUGUCCGAUCCGAGUGCCAUGGAUGGCAUGAUGGGUAUGAUGAAGAACAACAUGGCCAUGAUCAUUCCCAACACCCUCAUCAUGAGCUGGAUCAAUGCUUUCUUCAGCGGAUACGUUAUCAUGAAACUGCCUUUCCCCAUCACCAUCAAGUUCAAGAGCAUGCUGCAGUCUGGCGUCGCGACAAAGGACCUAGAUCCCCGCUGGAUGUCUAGCAUUUCGUGGUACUUCCUCUGUAUCUUUGGUCUUCAGUCUGUCUUCGUUUUCCUCUUGGGCAGUGACAACGCCGCCAGCCAGAUGGCCCAGCAAAUGGGCCAGAUGGGACCCCCACAAAACGCCCAGAUGUUUGGUCCUGGACAGGACCCUGACAAGCUCUUUCAGGGUGAGGCUGAGAACAUCGCCGUUGUUGAACAUUACUCUGUCCUCGAUGAAGUUGAGCAGAGGCUGCUCCAGGGUAUCAGAACAUAG